GCAAACUCGGUCUGGUUUGACCCAACGAAGCUUCCGUAGCACCGUGCAACAUUUACGACACCGCGUCUACCGUACGGCAGUCGAUGCUGCAUCUUCUACCAUGUGAGAAGUUCGGUUCGGCUCUUCUAGGAUUUAACCGAGAAACAAUUUGAUGGAAGUUGCACGUGCCGGCGGCGCCAUGUACCAGCGCGCACUUCCGGCCUCACCCAACUGGUACUGCUCGCGCAGCAGUGACGUGAACAGCGAUGGGUUAAUGGGAGUGGGCGCCAAGAACAUCGUUUACCUGAUCGAUGUGUCCGCAGCUUCCUGUACACUGGAGGGUGAGCUCGUGGGCCACAGGGACCUGGUGUCGGGCUUCUCCUUCUGUCAGCACCCAGGACAGAAUCACCUCUGUGUCAGCUCCUCCCAUGACGGAAAGAUCCGCUACUGGGACUCUAGCAGCAAGAGUCUUCUGAAGGAACAUGAAGCUCAUCAGAGUCCUAUCACAGCCGUGCACUGGUCCCCGCUGGACAAGAACCUGGUGGUGUCCGGGGACGAGAAGGGCGUGGUGGUCUGUUACUGGUUCCACACUGGAGACACUUUCAGCCUCUUCCCUGAGCCCAGGACUAUCUUCUGCAUCACCUGCUCCCCUCACGCCUGGAACACCGUGGCUGUCGGGUACAAGGACGGAAUGAUCGUCCUGAUUGAUGUGAGUAAGAAAGGCCUCGUGAUGCAGCGUCUGCGGGGACACGACGAUGAGAUCCACUCAUUGGCCUGGUCUCCACUUCCUGGUGAGGACGCCCUCUACAGCAGACCUGAGGACAGUGAAGGUUCUGGAGCGGGACAGGCAACUAAUGGCGACUCUGCGGGGCUGGAGAAAGGCUGCUAUCUGGCUUCUGGGAGCAAGGACCAGACGGUGAAGAUCUGGAGCACAGUGAAGAGCAAAGCUGUGAUGACGCUGAAGAUGCCAUAUCUGAAGAAAAGAGGCUCAGCAGUCGACCCCAGUGUCAAAGAGAGACUGUGGCUGAACGUCCACUGGCCGAAGGGACGAGCGACUCAACUGGUGUCCAGCUGCUACAGUGGGGAGCUGGUGCUUUGGGACCUGACCAAGACGGGGAAGCUGAGGUGGACUCUGCUGGGGACGUCGUCCGAGGGCCAGAACCACAGCAGGAUCGUUUUCAACAUGAGUUCGGUUCUCCUGCAGGACAACAGACAGCUGCUGCUCAGCACGUCCAUGGACAGAAACAUUAAAUGCUGGGACCUGGACUCUCUGGACUGCUGCUGGACCCUGCCUACCCUGGGCGGGUUCGUCUACACCCUCACCUUCUCCCCUGUGGGUACAGGGUGUUUGGCGCUGGGUGUCGGUGACCACAUGAUCCGGGUGUGGAACACGCUCACGACACAGAACCAGUACGACAUCAGGUCCUUCUGGCAUGGCAUCAAGUCCAAGGUCACAGCGCUGGCGUGGCACCCGAAGAAAGAAGGAUCCUUGGCUUUUGGAACCGAUGAUGGUAAAGUGGGAAUCUACGAAGUCUACACAAACAAGCCUCCGCAGAUAUCGAGCUCCUAUCACCGAAAAACCGUGUACACGUUGGCUUGGGGACCCCCAGUUCCCCCAAUGUCAUUUGGUGCAGACAGAGGGAAGUCGACCUUCAGCCUCUACAGCUGCGCCGGCGAAGGUGUCAUCCUGCAGCACGACCCGCUGAAGCUGAGCGGGGAAGCGUACGACAUAGAUCAGCUGAUCAGAAACACCAAUAACAUCAAGCACAAACUGUCUCCACACACCGACCUCAGCUGGAAGCCAGAUGGGAAAGUGCUCGCCAUCGGCAACGAGGACGGGUGUAUCGAUGUGUACCAGGCUCCCAGUCUGAAGCUGCUGUGUAGCAUCCAGCAGCAUCACAAGAUCAUCAACACCCUGCAGUGGCAUCACGACCACAGCUCCCCCCCCGAGCUGCACUGCCUCCUGGCCUCAGGCUCCAGCAACGCCAUCGUCUACGUGCACGACCUCCGCUCCGUCAUCGAGAAUCCUCCAGAGAGCCCUGUGGUGGUGACGGAGCCGUAUCGCAGGCUGUGUGGUCACACCGAUAAAAUCACCGACAUGGCCUGGAGUCCGCACCACGAGGCGCGGCUGGUCACCGCCUCCUAUGACGGCACAGCCCAGGUGUGGGAUGUGCUGCUGGAGGAGGCGCUCUCUAACUACCGGGGUCACAAUGGUUACCUGCUCAGCGUGGACUGGUCGCCCGUCGACCCAGAUGUGAUCUGGACCGGAGGGAAGGACUUCACCGCUCAGGAGUGGAGGGUUUCCAAACAGGAGUUUACAAAGCCACCGAAAGGGAAAAAGAUGACGAAGCUCAAGGAAAAGAAGUCCAACCCCAAUCAGAAGAAGAAGAAGACACCAGGGCCCGGAGAGAUGAACGGGGGCCCGGUCACCGAAGGAGAGAAGAGCGUGACGGGGCCGGAGCAGUCGGGUGAAGAGGACGAAGGCAGCUCCACCAGCAGCAGUGUCCCUCCACCAGCUGCUUCUGAGAUGCAAAGAAAACCGUCUGCGGUGCCGAAGACCAAAGACAAACCUGACACGAACCUGCUGAAGAAGAAGAAGCCUCGCUCCAUGCUUCCACUCAGCACGUCCAUGGACCACCGGCCUAAAGAGGACCUGAUGCAGGACUGCAUCACUCUGGCCUCUGUCCACCACAACCAUGCGCCCCCUGCAGGCUGUGUCCCAGGAGAGGGGGAGCACAUCCAUUUCGGCCUCUUCUCUGACAGACCGGCUCUUUACCGCAUGUUCCAGUCUGAAGAGAAGGGUCACGUGGAGGCCGGUCACUUCGACUCUGUGGUGUACCUGCGACUGUGGAGCGGCGACCUGGAGGGGGCGCUGCAGCUCGCCAUGGAGAGAGGAGAGCUGAACGACCACCUGCUGUCCAUCGCUCCCAUGGCCGGGUUCGAGGCGUGGCGCCGGGCGGUGGAGGCCUACGUCCAGCAGCUGUGUUUGCAGGAGCAGUACCUGAAGGCAGCGUCUCACCUGCUGUCAAUCAACAAAGUGUACGAGGCCAUCGACCUGCUGAGAUCUCACAAAGUCUUCAGAGAGGCCAUAGCUCUGGUGAAAGCCCGGCUGCCGGCAGACGACCCCGUCCUGAAGGAGCUGUACACCGGCUGGGCUGCCGUGCUGGAGAAGGACGGACAUCUGUCCUCCGCUGCUAAAUGUUACUUGGCUGCUGGAGCCAGUUUCGACGCAGCCAAAGUCCUCUCCAGGAAGAACGACGUCUCCUCGCUGAAGACGGCGUCCAUCUUGGCGAGGAUCUCCGGGGAGGACGCUCUGGCUAAGUCUCUGGCACUGAGGUGCGCUAAGGACCUGGCGAGUGCUCAGAACUGGGUCGGAGCCCAGGACGUCCUCAGCUCACACGAGAGUCUGUUGGUCCACCAGCUACAUCUCAGUACCACUGAGCUUCUGACUGUGAUGCUGGAGGAGGCCAGAGUUAUACCUCAGGUCUCGAGCUCCUGUCACGCGUGGUCGUCCCCAGACAAAGGUGUCGCCACCCUCCAGGACCGAGUGAGAGACGUGUGGGAGAAGCUGUACGAGGUCUCAGAGGCGUCAGAAGGACGUCGCGGCGCUGCAGCUCUUCUUCAGGAGCUCAAGUCCCUGGAGAGUCCCACACCGAGCGCCAGCGUCUCUAUCAGACAGGUUCUGCAGUAUUCAUCCAUCCAUCUGACUCACGCUGUCCUGAGCUGGCUGGUGGACGAUGAUGAGGAGCUGAUUAAAGGACUGUGGCAGGCGGUGGCUUGGCUGAGAGACGCCAGACACUUCUGUGUCUCUGCAGAGGUCCUCAGGCGCCUGUUCCCCGAAAAAGACGUCACCGUUUGUUCCAGGAAACGUCAGAAAACUCUUCAUGUCUCAGCUGAAGAAGGAAAAGCUGCUGCCAACAGUCUUCAGGCCUUCGUCCACUACCACCGCCUGUACGAGCGCUGGUGGAGCAGCUCGGCUCACAACCAGAAGGUCCACAGCAGGGACUCCCUCCCAGAGACUGACUUAUGUGCCAGAGACAAGGUGGAGGACAAGGUGGAGGACAAGGUGGAGGACAAGGUGGAGGACAAGGUGGAGGACAAGGUGGAGGACAAGGUGGAGGACAGACAAUCAUCCGAGUCAGGAAAGAGCACCUUCUCGCCGACCAGAAGCCUGGACGACCUGGGACUUGAUGCUUCACUCCUUCUGUCCGAGUCUCACGCUGCCUGUCAGGCCACUCAGAGGUCGGUGAGACUGAUCCAGGAGCAGCUGGCUGCCAUGGUGCAGCAGCACAGUGGAGCCCAGGGGGGGGCGCCCGAGCCUGGAGACCAACAGGCCGACACACAGACGUCCUCCACCACAGACCCAUCAGACGGACACGGAUCUGCUGAUGCUGCGGAAGGGUCGGGCGACCAGGAGACGCUCCUCUCUCUCUCCGUCAAGAUGUCCGAGCUUCAGAAGGAGUUGUGUGAUCUGCCGGACACCCUCAAGACAUUCCCUCAUCCAGAUGUUCUGGAGUGUUGCCUGGUUCUGCUGCACUUCAGCAAAUCUUCCCCGUUGGUCUCCGAGUCCCUGAGAGGAGACGCCGAGGUUCUGCUCCGGAAGUUCGGCUCGGGUCCGUCCGCCCUGAAAGCGUCACGCCGCUUCCUCGCCUGAGUUCGAUGCCCCGACCGACAGGAGCACUUUCACUGUACAGUUGUGUUUUUGAAUAAAAAAACCUUUAAUCACAC